CUCACAUGCUGAAGCCCUUGCUCGAUCGCUCCCGCCCUAUAAAUACUACAGCACCCCUGCCUCCUCAUCGCACACUCGCACACCAUAAGCCUACACAGCCCUAGCAGCUACCUUUCUUGAUUAGAGACUCCUCCACCGUCGACGCACACUAGCUAGCUACACAAGCAAUCGGUCACACCCCACGAAGUACACAACUCAAGCACCACUUCCAUCACCUCUCCAUCGAUCAUGGCGGGGCAGCAGGCACGGUGCACGAGGAAGGCGGUGUCGCCGUCAUCGAGGGUGGCGAUCAUCGGCGGCGGCAUCAGCGGCCUGGCCGCGGCGAAGCAGCUGGCGGCGCACGACCCCGUGGUGUUCGAGGCCACGCCGUCCAUCGGCGGGGUGUGGAAGCACUGCGUGUACCGGUCGACGCGGCUGCAGACGCCGCGGCCCGACUACGAGUUCUCCGAUUACUCGUGGCGCAACCGCGAGGACCCCACGUUCCCGACGCACGCCGAGAUCGUGGAGUACCUCGAGGGCUACGCCGACACGUUCGACCUGUGGCGCUACAUCAUGUUCGGCGCGAAGGUGGUCGACGUCAAAUGCCUCGGCGGCGCCGGGUUCACGGAGCUGUGGAGCGGUACCGGCGAGCCGCUCCAGGGCAAGCCCAUGUGGGAGGUCGGCGUUGCCACCGGCGACUCUGACACCGUUCAGUACUACAAGUUCGAGUUCGUGGUGAUGUGCACGGGCAAGUACGGCGACGUGCCGCGGAUGCCGGUGUUCCCGCUGGGCAAGGGCCCGGAGGUGUUCAAGGGGACGGUGAUGCACUCGCUGGACUACUGCAAGCUCAGCGAGGACGAGACCGUGGAGCUGAUGAAAAGCAAGAAGGUUGUGGUGGUUGGGUACAAGAAGAGCGCCAUUGACCUAGCUCUUGAAUGCGCCCAGGCCAACCAAGGCGAGGGAGGCGAGGCGUGCACCAUGCUGGUGAGGACCCUGCACUGGGUGGUGCCGUCCUACUCCAUCUGGGGACUGCCCUUCUUCCUCUUCUACUCCACCCGCCUUGCCCAGUUCCUCUACGAGCGACCCAACCAGGGCCUCCUCCGCUCGCUCCUCUGCCGCCUCAUGAGCCCACUGAGGGCGGGAGUGUCCAAGUUCAUCGAGUCGUACCUGGCCUGGAAGCUCCCGCUGGAGAAGUACGGGCUCCGGCCGGAGCACCCGUUCGUGGAGGACUAUGCGAGCUGCCAGAUGGCCAUCCUGCCCGACGGCUUCUUCGACAUGGCGGACCAGGACCUGAUCCGCUUCAAGAGGGCCUCCGGCUGGUGCUUCUCCGAGAACGGCGUCGUCCUCGAGGACGGCACAGAGGUGGAGGCCGACCUCGUCUUCCUCGCCACCGGCUUCGAGGGCAAGGACAAGCUCCGUGCCGUCCUGCCGGAUCCCUUCCGCGGUCUAGUCCUCAACAACUCCGGUAUGAUGCCGCUCUACCGCGGCACUAUCCACCCGCUGAUCCCGAACAUGGCCUUUGUGGGGUACGUGGAGAGCGUGUCGAACCUGCACACGUCGGAGCUGCGGUGCCGGUGGCUGGCGGGGCUGCUCGGGGGCCGGUUCGCGCUGCCGAGCGUGGAGGCGAUGGUGCGACACGUCGACGGCGAGGCGGAGGCCAUGCGCCGCACCACGCGCUUCUACCGACGCCACUGCAUCUCCACCUACAGCAUCCACGACAGCGACGCCAUGUGCGCCGACCUGGGAUCCAGGGUGCACCGCAAGGGCAACUGGCUCGCCGAGCUCUUCGCGCCAUACAACAACAAGGACUACAAGGAAGAAUAGAAUCGAUCCAUCGACUACCACACUGGCACAAUUCGAUCGAUCGAUUGUGCCACAUUCAUUAAACUCAAAUUAAUGAAUUAAACAUACUUUGAAUUGAAAAAAGAUUUGUAUACGUAUGCGUAGCGCGUAAUAAUAUUCGUUAUUUGUUUAUACUAGCUAGUAUCAUUAUAAGUUAAGGACUAGUAAUGAAUAAUCAAGGAAGAUUGAUUAGGUCAUGGUCAUGUCAUGUGAACCCAGGAAGUGUUUGGUAGAGGACUCGAUCGAGACUUUGAUCGAGGUCUCGUGGCCGCGACCGCAAGAUCACAGGUGAGGACUGAAGAACCGGGACCAUAUGGAGCAAGGUAGUUAGGUCCGCAUAUGCUUCUUGUACCAAAGGAGUGAUUACAACUAAAAUUCCUUCC